AUGGAGUACUUUCCUGUCGAGAUCAUUGGUAACAUAUUGUCCCGGCUUGGAGCUGCAAGAGAUGUUGUAGUUGCAUCUUUAACUUGCCGGAAGUGGCGAGAAGCUCGGAGGAAUCAUCUUGAUGCACUUACAUUUAAUUCAAAUGACUGGCCUGUUUAUGAUGAGCUCCCGUGGAGCAGGCUUGAAGUAAUUAUAACUCAGACAAUUUUCCAGACUAAUUCACUGCAAUGUCUUUCAAUAAUCUUGAAAAACGAUGUUGGGUUCUCUGCUGCUCCGGUGAUUGCUUGGCUAAUGUAUACAAGAGAUACCUUGCGCCAGUUACAUUACAAUGCGGAUACCCCAAACCUUAAUAUACUUGAAAAAUGUGGUCGCCAGAGUCUGGAACUGUUGGAUCUGGCAGAGAAUACUAUUACCGGAUUUGGAUCUAGUUACCAAAAGUUUCCUUGUUUGAGAUCUCUAUCACUGACCCAUGUCAAUAUAUCAACUUUGGACCUGAGUAAUUUGCUCUCUGCCUGCCCCAAAGUUGAGGUCUUAAGUCUUGACGAUAUGGAUUUUGAUACGUCUGGUCCAGAGUUCUCAAUGAGACUGAGUAGUAACUCUUUGAAAGAUAUCCGUAUUGAAGCCAUUCAGUUGAGAGAAAUCAUUUUGGAGGCUGAUAGCCUUAAGAAGCUGCACUUAAAAGAUUGUAACAUUGGGAGUUUUGCGCUUCUGAGCAAUGGGACAUUGAGAAUCCUUGAAUUGGAUAAUGUCGAUAUCUUCCCUCUUGAUAUUGGUGAGAAUGCUGAAAAUCUUGAGAUUGUGAAGGUCAGUAAUUUCACAACAUUUCGGUCCGAUUUCCAUCAUAUGAUAGUAAGGUUAUCAAAAGUAAGAAGGAUGAGUCUAUGCUUUGUUAUGUUUGAAGAUGAGGACGAUGAGUUUAUGCAUACUGAGGCUACUUCUGCUUGCUUUCCUCACUUAAGUCGUUUAUCCUUGACCGAUGAACUUAGAGAGGAACUUCAGUGUGGAUUGCUUGGAUAUCGUCAAUUGGAAAAUCUUGUUGUAUUGGAGCUUGGCUGGAAAGUGAUUAGUGAUAGUUUCUCAGAUUGGGUGGUGGAAUUUCUGGAAAGGUGCCCUAAUUUGAGGAAGUUAGUCAUUUUGGGGGCUGUCUCGGGUGUCAACACACAUGAAGAAUGUCAUAUCUUAGCUAACUUCACAACCUUCAUUGUAAGGCUUAUGAGGAAAUACUUACGUGUAGAUAUUCAUUUUAAAUAUGUAUAGAUUUGAGGAACUGUUGCAUUGGACUUCAAAUUGUCAAAUAUGGAAUUGUAGAUAGUGCAUUGAGGAAUA